GUUGGAUGGAUGGUGGAUGAAUACAUUCAUGAAUGGCUGGUUGAAUAUAAAAAUGGAUAAAUGUCUGAUCAGACACCUUGAUGUUGGGUGAAUGAUACAUUAAUGCAUGAAUGGCUGGUUGGUUGGUUGGAUGGACCAAUAACUGAAUUGGUGGACUGAAUGAAUACAGCAGUGGGUUUAAGAUGUAUCUCUCUGCUUCACAUCUUUGAAUUCUUCCUCUUCUCAGGAUACCAGAAACAGCUGGCAUACAGGAGGAGUGAUGGCUCCUACCCCCCCUACAGGAGGGAAGGUGCAAGCACAUGGAUCACGGCUUACGUGGUGAAGGUUUUCUCCAUGGCUCACUCCACCACCGGCAUCGACGAACAGCAGGUGUGCGACCCGCUCCUCUACCUGGUGAACAACAAACACCGGCUGCCCGGAGGGAACUUUGUGGAGGACAACCCUGUUUACGAUACUACCAUGACGGGCGGUCUCCGCGGUGACGACCCAGAGGUGACCCUGACAGCCUUCGUCCUCAUCGCGCUCUCUGAGGCCAAGCAGGCCGGGAUCACUUGCACCGGUCCGAACGUAGAGGCGGUUAUCGGUAAGACGGCCGAGUACCUGAGGAGAGCGCUGGGCGCGGCGGGGAGGAGGCCGUACACCGUGGCCAUCGCCUCCUACGCGCUGGCUCUGCUGGGCGAAGCUCAGCCCUUCAACCCGACUCCAUCUUUACUCAGAGCUGCAGCUGCAGGCGGCAGCCACUGGCUCGACACACACAACCCCUUGUUCACCUUGGAGGCGACCGGCUACGCUCUGCUGGCGCUGGUCAAGCUGGGGCGCUUGGACGAGGCCGCUGCGCCCUUCAAAUGGCUGAACAGCCAGCGGAGGAGGGGGGGCUCUUUCGGCUCCACUCAGUCCACCAUGGUGGUGCUCCAGGCGCUCUCAGAGUAUCUGAUAAACAAGCCUCCUCCUGGUGACCUCAGUCUGGAUGUGGACGUCCGGUUGACGGGACGCAAGGAAAUCCGUUACCAUUUCAACCCCCGGACGGCCUACGCGGCUCGCUCCUCCAGGUUGCCGGCUAAUCUUGAUUUGGAAGUCGAGGCUCGGGGGAACGGAGAGGGGAUUCUGGAGGUUGUGACCUUUUACAACCAGCUGCACGAGGUGGACGAUAAGACGUCCUGCAAGGACUUUGAGCUCCUCGUCACUAUUGAAGAAUCCAGCGGUAAAAGGCUCAUAAUUUUACAAUUCAUAAUUUAUCAUUUUCUCUUUUAGUACCACAAAGGCAUUAUAACAUUUUAACAAAGUGGAAAACAGUCCAGAUUGUUGCAUUUCCUUGAUAAACUGGAAACCUGCAGCAUUAAUCAUGACAUAAUAACACAAACAUAGUUAAAACCCUAAUUUAUGGGAAACUAAGCAAAAAAUUAUGUCAAAAGUGGACAUUUUAUCAGCAUCCAUAAUGUGCUUUACAAAC